AUGCCACAAAUCAAGCUCGAGCAUAAAUUCGCAGCUCACAAAUUUGCUUGCUGGGCAGUUGCAGUUGAGAAAGAAUCGCAUUUAAUGGCGACGGUAUCUGCAGAUAAGACGUGCAAAGUCUUCGAUUACAGGGAAAAGGAGCUUUUGGCCACUCUUGGCGAUGGCACACAUUCAAAAAGCACUCGGUGUGUUGCCUUUAAGCCGCAUUCGGAGUUCCCUACACUGGCAGUUGGGUCGUUUGAUGCAACUGUGUCAAUUUGGUGUAUGGAUGGGGCCGAAGCCGGGGCAGACGAUGUCAGUGAAAGCAGCGAGAUCAUAGGUGAAAACGGGUGGGAACUUCUUGCUGUGAUUGAGGGACAUGAGAAUGAGGUGAAGGCCGUGGAUUGGUCGUGCGACGGCAAGUAUUUGGCAACGUGCUCACGUGAUAAAAGUGCUUGGAUAUGGGAGACAGAUGAAUCGAAUGAAGAAUUUGAGUGCAUCAAUGUGAUCCAGGAGCACGAGCAGGACGUGAAGAACGUGAAAUGGCACCCGUUCGAGAAUGUUCUAGCAACGAGUUCGUAUGAUGAAACGUGCCGGGUGUUUAGGCAGGACGAUUACGACGAUGAUGAUUGGCUGUGUGUUGCCAAGCUGGAUCAGUUUGACGGAACUGUUUGGUGUAGUGAUUUUGAGAAGAAAAGUUACAAGGACGGCACUAUGAGGCUUGUCACGUGCUGCGAUGACGCCAAAGUGCGUGUUUUCCGCAAGAUUCCACCUCCAGCCUCUCAAAAUGAGCAAACACAAGAAGGAGAAGCUGAAAUUUCAAGUGAUGGGCAUUUGCAGAAACCCGUUAUAGUGCCGUCCAGCCUCAAGGAGGAGGAGAAUUGGGUGCUGGAGUCUGUUUUGCCGCCGGUCCAUAACAGGGCGGUGUACAGUGUUGAUUGGAAUGAGAACGGGUUGAUUGCCAGUUGUGGAAGUGACGGAAUAUUGGCAAUCUACAAAGAGAAAAGUGACCGGCCGGGCCAGUGGGAAGUUUAUGCCACGAAAUACCUCGCGCACGGUGUUUGUGAGGUGAACUGUGUGAAAUGGUGCAGUUCAACCGAGUUGUUGACUGCUGGCGAUGAUGGAAAUGUGCUGAUGUGGAGGAUUGAGGAUUAG